AUGACAACAACAAAGAUGACACUGGUUGACUGGCUGGACGACUUGUGCGUGCGAUUCAUCGUCAACCUGCCCAACGAAGAGCUGCAGUCGGUCGAGCGAAUAUGUUUCCAGAUCGAGGAGGCGCAAUGGUUCUACGAAGACUUCAUCCGUCCGCUGGACCCCCACCGCCUGCCGUCGAUGCACCUGCGCCGGUUCUCGCAGCUCAUGUUCCAGCACUGCCCGCUUUUCUCUGCCUACUCGGAGGAGCUUCACCAACAGGCGUAUGAGCAGUUUCUGGCAUACAAGACACGUGUGCCUGUGCGUGGUGUGAUUAUGCUGAACCAGGAAAUGUCGCAUGCGGUGCUGGUCAAGGGAUGGAAGAAGGGCGCCAAGUGGAGCUUUCCCAGGGGCAAGAUCAACAACCAGGAAAGCGAUCUGGACUGUGCAGUGCGAGAGGCGUACGAGGAGACAGGCUACGACCUGAGAGAGGCGGACUUGGUCUUGCCAGACGAGCAGAUGAAGAAGAUUACCGUCACGAUGCGUGAGCAGAGCAUGAUGCUGUAUGUCUUCCGCGGGGUACCCAUGGACACGUAUUUCGAACCACGAACAAGGAAGGAGAUUUCGAAGAUUGACUGGUAUAAGCUGACGGAUCUGCCCACUUUACGGCGAAAGAACCAGCUCCAGCAGCAGGUACCUGGGCAAGAUCUAAUCAAGGAGAGCAGCUUCUACAUGGUAGCGCCGUUCCUGGGGCCCCUGAGGUCGUGGAUCAAGCAGCAACAGAAGACAGACAGGCAGAGGCCUCCAGCUGGCGCACCUCUGCCGCCAGCUGCAUAUGAUGUUCUAUCAGACCCCGAGGAUCCCCAGGCUGAGCUGUACGAGACCCCAGCUGACGAGGUCGCCUAUCGCCAGGAGGCUCCACAGGUCGACAACCUCGCUGGUCUUAUUGCUCAACUCGGCCAUCGUUCAAGCGACACACUACCCGAAGUAUCUACUCCAUCUCAAGUCGACCCUGCGGAGGCGCUCAAGAGGCUUUUGAGUGUGGGCUCACCCACCCAACAAGCACCACAGGUGAAUCCGCUCUUGGCCAUUCUACAGGGGAAACAACAGCAUGGAGGCCCGCAGAUGGCCAUGGGACCACGGACACCAUUCGAACAAAUCAUGUCGCCGCCAACGCAGCCUCAAAGCCCACACGGCCAGCACCAACCACGUCAGCCUCAGUUCGCCAAUAUGCCGCCUCCCCCGCCGUUCUCUUUCUCGCCGAACCAAGGACCCUCAUUUCAUGGACCUCCACCUCAGCAACCGUACAAUGGCAUGCCUGAGCACAUGGCACGUCAAUUCAUGCCACCACCACAACCUCCUCACCAACAGCACCACCCUGCCUUCACGAACCAUCCACCGACCAUGCAGCAAGCGUUCAAUCACCAACAUCCCCGAUCAUUCCAGCCGAACGGUGAUGCCGACUCUCAUUUUGCUGCUGGGCACGGGCGGCCUAGCAUACCACCCGCAUCUGGCCUGCCAACGCCAAAGCUCAACUCACACGCUCUUAGCCUGCUGAACUCAUUCAGACCCAAUGACGAUCAGCCGGCGGUUCCCCUUAUACAGCAGGUCCCGCAAACUACACCUAGGAUGCAACAGCCCCUGCCCCAAUAUCCACCACACAACCUCGUAUCACCACCGUAUGCGGCAAGCCCGCCUCAAUAUCAAUCACCCGCUCUCAGUACUAGCGUCCCGCCUGCGCAGCCAAGGGCAAGGACCACUCAUCAGAACUCAUUGUUGACCCUGUUCCAAGACGCCUCGCCCAUGGUAUCUCCGGAACCAGCCGAGCUCUCUGCGUACCCUAGGACCCCCGGAUACGUUAGCGCGAAACCCGUACCCCAAGCUCCCACGGCACACCAAGCUAAUCUUCUCGGAGCUUUUGGUGUUCAGCCAAAAGCUAGAAGUCCUAGUAUCACUUCAGCUACUGUCAGUGGGCCUGUCAAUGCUCCUGAUUUUAAGACCAUCAAACGCAAUGUACAUCCACACAAUAGCUCAAGUGGGCCAUCACCAGUCGCACAGGUCGCACAGAAGCCCUUCGUUCCCCAGCAGAUUCUCAAACGUGAAGCCACUGGUCCAGGGUCGCGACGUCCUUCAGGUCCUACUGUCACCUCGCGCAACGGCACCCCGCAAGGCUCACUAAAGGCACCUACGCCCACGGUUACCGCGUUCAAGCCACAAAUCCUGAAGCGUCCUCAGCAGCAAACUGCCCACGCACAAGGCCUUCUCGACAUGUUCAAGGCACCAUCCCCGCAGCCGCAGUCGCUACCACAACCACCACCCACCCACUCUCCCGCCCCUCCACCUUCUUCCAACACCCCCGUCGACCAAAAGUCCACUCUCCUUGCUCUCUUCGGCAAGCCAUCACCCAGCCCGGUCCCUUCCAUACCGACCGCACGUACUCCCGCUCCUACAUCAAACCCCACCUUGCCCGGCAUCGUCAGCCCCGUCAGUCCGCUCCCCGAGAAGGAAAGCCAGGCUGCUAGCCCCGGGGACUUUGCAUCCAGGAGCAGGAUCUCCAGUAUCGGCGAGUCUGUGUCCAUGCCCAGUAUCGUUAUUCCGCCCGUGGCGGAAGGUGCGAAUCUUGGUAUGGGCGGACUGUCAGCGCAAGCCAAGCAGAGUGUUGACGGGAGGAGUCCGGUGGAUAAGAGUUUCCUGCUGGGGUUCUUGGAGGAUGUUGCGAGGAAGGCGAGGUGA